UUAAAAUACAACAGUUCCUGAGUUUACUCACACAUUCCCGCACGUGCAUUCCAAAGUAGUUGUUUGGAACGUUCGAAUCCCACUGUCUCGAGUAGGAGAAAAGUUGAUAAAUUAAUGCUAGCAGUAACUGAAUAAACAAAAACAUGGAGUACGUGAAAGCGGUGUCCAAGCUCCUCUUCUCGGAACAGUGCCUGGAGGAGUAUUUUACGAAUUUGAAUUUUUUAGACGUUCCGUGCUUUAAGACCACGCUCAGCAAAAGCCUUGGCCUUGGGAUCAUCGGGGGCUCCUUGAUGGUCAAAGUUCCUCAGGUCGUCAAGAUUUACAACAGCAAAAGCAGCCAGGGACUUAAUUUUGCAAGUGUUCUUUUGGAUUUAUUCGCCAUAACCGCAAUGAUAUCGUACAGUUUUGCCAGUGGUUUUCCAUUCAGUGCCUGGGGUGACGGAGUAUUUCUGGGGAUUCAGACUCUCGCCAUAGCUGUGCUCGUCCUGCAUUAUCGCAGAAAUACAGCUGGUGCCCUAGCAUUUUUCGUUGGAUACGUCGCAGUGAUUGUUGCUGUCGUCACUGAAUUAACUCCACUCAACAUAUUGUGGGGCGCCCAAUCGCUUACUAUUCCUAUUGUCCUAAUCAGCAAGCUUUUCCAAGCCCACACAAACUACAAAAAUGGUAGCACUGGCCAGCUAUCUGCAGUGACGAUGUUCAUGCUUCUGUUCGGCUCGAUGGCGAGGAUAUUCACAUCCGUCCAGGAAACCGGCGACACCAACAUGAUUAUUAUGUACGUCUGUUCCACAGCUGCAAACGCAAUAAUUGUCUUCCAGUUGCUCUACUACUGGAAUGUUAGCGCUGAGAAGAAGAGAAAGACCAAGAAACUUAAAUGAGCACUGAUUGACUGCACAACUUGUUACGUGUUUUUUUCACUUUCUAUCUUCCACUUUACCAUAGUUCACUAAAUGUAAAUUAACGACGAGUGACGACUUUUAAUUUAGUCUGUGGUAUGAAUUUUGUAAUAAAGACGAAGAAGAGAAAUCGUUAAAA